GAGAUAAGCAGCCCCUGAGUUAAUGCGGACCAACAACAACUGCAGGUUGCGCAACAUACCCGUCUCCCUUUCCCUUUUAUAUCCUAACGAGUCAUCCAUUUCUACCCUUGACCUUGUCUCUCCAACCCCUCCCCUCCCCAUCCUGCAUCGAUACCCUGUAACGACCAUUUGCAACGUAACGACACGAAUACACGACCAUAAGAAGGCUGCUCACAAACAGGCUUUACGAACAACUCCGGACUGACAUCAUACAACUCACAUCACACCUACCAUCAUGCCAGCUCUCAUACGCAAGCUCUCCCGCAAGGCAAGCAGCACCAAGGCCGCCGAGGCCGUUGCGCCAGCCGCCGAACAAGCUAUUGACGAGCCAGUCACUUUCCCCAGCUCGGAUGAUGCCCCUGCGGAGGAGGCCACGAUGCCGGUCGCCAACGAUGUCGCAGCCGCGCCCGCCAAGCCGCGUCGCAGCUUGAGCCUCUUCGGCAAGAAGAGCAAGCCUACUCGGCCAGAGACACCCUUCAUCGAGGAGGAGCCCACCGCAGAGGAGGCCAGUGCAGAGGAGGUCAAUGCAGAGGAGGCCAACGCAGAUGAGGCCACUGCUGCUGCUACUACUGAGGAAACCGAUGUCAAGGCUGCUCCCGCUGGUGUCGUCGCAAACUUCUACAACCUCCUGACCUACUCGACCUCCGCCGUCGCUGGCUCUUCCUCGCCCGCCGAUAUCGCCGCCAAGAAGGAGGCCGACGCUGCUACCACUGCCGCCAAGGCUGCCGGUGACGCCGCCGAUGCCCAGGCCGCCGCUGAGAAGGCUGCCGCCGACAAGUUGGCCAUUGUUCAGCAAAAGGCCGCUGCUGACCUCGCUGUCGCCGAGCGGCAGGCUUCCCAGGAGGAAAACGUCGCCGACACGGCCGCCAUGCAGGAGGAGAGCGCCGCCAAGCAGAAGGCCAUGGAGGAGGCUCAGGCUGAGAUCAAAAAGGCGGCAGAUAUCCAGGCGCAGAAGAAGGCGGACGCGCGCAAGAAGUACGCUGCCACAGUUGCAACGGCCAUUGCAACUUACGAAAAGGAGCUUGCCACAGCCACCGCCGCUUUGCAGAAGAAGAGGCUCGAAGCUGAGGAGAAGGCACGCGUUGACCAACUUAAGGCCGAAGAGGAGGCCGAUCUCGAGUACAAAAAGGCCGAGCUAAAGUCUGAGGCAGCGCACCACAAGGCAGAGCAGCGCGCUGUGAAGGCUCGUCUGGCAGCUGAAAAGGCUGCGUGGGCACAGCACUUGAAGGCCGACAAGGCUGCGCUUAAGGAGAAGGAAAAGAUUGAGAAGGCUGCAGAGAAGGAGCGCGAGGCGGCCGCCAAGGCUGCCGAGAAGGCCAAGAAGGCAGCUCUUAAGGCAGCCGCCCACACGCGCGAAGCAGCUGUUGAGGCGGCCGAGCAGGAGCGCGAGGCAGCAGAGGUCGCGCAAGAGGAGGCGGAGAGGAAACAACACUCUGCCGUCAUGAAUGACGAGCAGGUCGCCAGCCCUGUCCAGACCAGUGUCGGCUGGUUCGGCGGCUGGUUCACAGUGCCGCCUGUGACCGCUGCUGAUCCCGAGGCCAAACCAUCAUCCGCACCGGCAGCAGCGGAAGUAUCCGCUGCUGCCCCUGUCGCUGCUACCGCCGCAUGAAUAUUUCGGUACGUCAACCACCCUCAUCCAUUAUCGUCCUGCCUUUUGUCUUUGCCUCCCCCGCCCGCCUGUCGCCUCUUGCAUUCACAAAAGUCGGACAAUCCUCUACCAGAUGGAUGGGUAGGAAGGCUAGGUAUUCCGCAACUCGUCCGUUGCAUCCUUGAAUCUCGCACGGUCUCCGGUUUCGGGCCCCAGGCGUACAUAUGCGAUAUCACGACACCGACAUCUUGAUACCCACCAUACCAUACCCUCCCCACACCGUGUGUUCUCGGGCAUUAUCACAGUCUUGUGCCACGGGCAGUGCCCGACAUGCGCAGCGCCGGCUCGUUCAUGUGUAUGAAGAUUGGGUCAUCUCCAAUAUUUAACUUUCUAUGAUGAUUC